GUAGUGGAUUUUGAGAGCGAUGGGCUCUUAUGGUUACCGCCAGAGCCAGAGAACGAAGAAGAUGAAAGAGAAGCUGUGCUAUCUGAUGAUGACGGUGAUGAAGGUGAUAGAGGUGAUUGGGGGUACCUUCGCCCAUCGAAUAGCUUUAACGAUAAGGAGUUCCACUCUAGGGACAAGUCCAGUGGUGCUAUGAAAAAUGUUGUGGAAGGGCACUUUAGGGCUUUGGUAGCGCAACUUUUGGAGGUUGAUAAUCUACCUAUGGUCAAUGAAGGCGAUAAAGAGGGUUGGCUUGAUAUAAUUACAUCAUUGUCUUGGGAGGCGGCAACGCUUCUCAAGCCAGAUACAAGUAAAGGUGGAGGAAUGGAUCCAGGAGGAUAUGUGA